AUGGCUUCCUACUCACCCUACAAUGAUAAGCCUACCAGCAAAGAUAGUCUGAAAGACGAGUUCGACUCCAGCAGUACUGCUUAUGGGAGUGAGGUGUUGGCUAAUGGCACCGAUGAAGCUGAUAGUUUCCUCCCAUACAAGAAGUCUUUCGAUCAAACAGUACACGCUUCGUCUCGACUCAGUCGCUUCGCUUCAUCUCCGUUGUUCUACACCAGUGUUUUUCUAACGAUCAUCGCCCUGCUUGGAAUGAACGCUGCAACACUGAUGCUACUUCAUCAAAAUACACGUCAAUCUCACGCCCACUCGCAUGGCCAUCAUGGCGACAUGGAAGAAGAUCACGGCCAUGGUGAUGCGCGUCAUCAUACUAUUACUGGAAGCACUCUCGAGUCGGGAGAGACCCUUAAUGAGAAGGGUCUUCGCGUAGCACCAAACGGCAAGCUCCUCGAAUGCGGUUCCGACAAGCACUGGGAGGCUGAAGCCAACGGCUGUAUCUUCGACGUCAUGACAUUCGAAUGGACGCCACCAGCCUGCCAUGAUCCAGAGCUUCUCGUGGAUGCAACUGAUCCUCGAAGCAUACUCGCACCUAAUCUUGCCGGUAUCUUUCCUUGGGGUCGAACAGCUGAUGGCCUUUUUGAUGACCCCAUGGAACAAAAUACUGCGGAACUGGGCACCUUGGCGUAUGUAUGGGCUACCGAGCAGUGGCAUAGAGCCCAUUGCAUGUAUAACUGGCGUAUCUUGGUGAAAGCAGAGACACGACGCCUAGCGGGCGAGCAAUUUGUGUACGUUCCGCAAGGUGCCACAAGCUGGAAGCACAUUGAGCAUUGCAAUGUUCUUAUCUCCGAUACGACUGAGAGUAAACGAAAUCUUACUGCGAUCGAGACAUUCCGGGGGUUCUCAGGCUGCGUGAGUAGAUGCGUCUCACGUUCCCCGCAUCCUCCUGGCCGGCGUCCUUUUCGUACUUCACCCCAUCACAACACCAUGAUUUCAACAUCGCUGAUAAAAAACAACAUUUCCAAGGCUGCGAGCAAGGCGGACGCUGUUCUCCAGAGCAAUGCUGGUGUAAUACUGAUGCUUUCAGCCCAAAUAUGCUCCACGAUCCUGGCAACAUUGGGGCGCGUCCUACGAACAGAUGGCAGCAGCGGCUCGGACACCAAAUCGAUUGGCACUUCCGAAAUACUCAUCGCAAUGAUGCUAAUAAUCACCAUUCUUUCCUGGACAUACGUGCUUGUCUCUCCGGCGGUAACCCCUGGUGGGAUUCUCGGUCCCACCAAAUUGCGCCCACUUCUCAUCGUACGAGGCAUCGCCGGAUUCUUCGGAAUUUGGGGCUUCUACGUCUCUCUGCGCUAUCUCGCGUUAGCUGAGGCGACUCUGAUCAACUUCCUUGCGCCGGUUUUAGCCGCUCUUCUACUCGGCUUGUUACCAGGCCAGCAGCGCUGUUCCGUCGCUCAAAUGCUCGCAGCUUUAGUUGCGGUUCUGGGUUUGCUCUGCGUACUGCAGCCUUGGAACGCUCAUAUGACGAACACGCCCAAGGACCAUGCGCUGGCUGUUGGUGCCGCCCUAGUUGGUGUUGUCGGUGGCGCAGUCUCCUUCUUGACGAUGUCUUGCCUAGGGGGUCAUGUACACCCGAUCACAACCGUUGCAUACUUCGCACCUAUUUGCACUGUACUCAGCGGCGCAUCGCUCAUCAUACAGCAACAGAGCCUGAGCUUCCCAGCGACCGCGGUACAAUGGCUGCUCGUCUGCAUCUUGGGUAUUUUGGGAUUCGCCAUGCAUUGGCUCAUGGCAGCCAGCUUGAUGACUGGCGAUUCAAAGAGAGCGCUUCACAUCGUUUACGUGCAGGUAGUGUUUGCCAUGGUAGCCGACAAGAUUGUGUGGAGAUUGGACCCGGGAUGGUGGAAGUACGCUGGAGCGCUUUUGAUUGUGGGCAGUGCGAUAUUUGUGGCAGCGACGAAGGAAGACCGAGGAUAUACGCUUGUUGGAGAAAUAGAUGUAGAAGAGAAGAUCGAGAACGAAGAUGCCGGCCCCUAG